GGCGCGGCUCCGCCCCGGGCGCGCUCCCCCCGCCGCCGCCCCGGGAGGGAGGAAGGAAGGAAGGAAAGAGGGAGGGAGGGAGGAUGACAGCGCCGUGAAGAAAAGCAGCGGGACCCCGCUGCCCGCCGCCACCGGGCGAGCUCGCCCCGCCGCGCGCCGGGGAGGCGGAGGGAAGGGAUGCCGAGGAGCGGAAGAUGCCUCCCAGAUAGCCCAGGCCACGGGGCGCCGGGAGGGGAGCGCCUCUGAGGAGCGCGGGGACUUCGCGGGACACGAAAGCCUUGGCCGCCUCCGCCUCUCCCCAUGGAAAGGAGAGAUUUCCGGGACAUGUCGCACUGCCUGAAAAUGAGGAGCAAGUACGCCGUUCUGCUGGUGUUCGUCGUAGGGCUCGUCAUCAUCGAGAAGGAGAACAACUUCAUCUCGAGGGUGUCGGACAAGCUGAAGCAGUCGCCGGCGGAGGCCAACGGCACGGACGCCAGCCUGGCGCCGGCCGAGAACGGCUCCCUCGAGUCGCUGCGCCAGCUGGACGCCGCCUUCUCGCGGCUCCGGACCCGCCUGCGCAACGUCACCCUGGAGCUGGGCGGCGGCCGGGAGCCGGCGGAGACCCCCGGCCCCGGGCCCGGGCCCCGGCGGCACGUGCUGCUGAUGGCCACCACCCGCACGGGCUCCUCCUUCGUCGGGGAGUUCUUCAACCAGCAGGGCAACAUCUUCUACCUCUUCGAGCCGCUGUGGCACAUCGAGAGGACGGUGACCUUCGAGCCGGGGGGGGCCAACGCCGUGGGCUCGGCCCUCGUCUACAGGGACGUGCUCAAGCAGCUCUUCCUCUGCGACCUCUACAUCCUGGAGAGCUUCAUCUCCCCGGUGCCCGAGGGCCACCUGACGCCCUUCAUGUUCCGGCGGGGCUCCAGCCGCUCGCUCUGCGAGGAGCCCGUCUGCACGCCCUACGUGAAGAAGGUCUUCGAGAAGUACCACUGCAAGAACCGCCGCUGCGGGCCCCUGAACGUGACGCUGGCGGCCGAGGCCUGCCGGCGCAAGGAGCACCUGGCGCUGAAGACGGUGCGCAUCCGGCAGCUGGAGUUCCUGCAGCCGCUGGUGGAGGACCCGCGGCUGGACAUGCGCAUCAUCCAGCUGGUGCGGGACCCGCGGGCCGUGCUGGCCUCCCGCAUGGUGGCCUUCUCGGGCAAGUACGAGACCUGGAAGAGGUGGGCCUCGGAGGGGGCGGCCCCGCUGCACGAGGACGAGGUGCAGCGGCUGCGGGGCAACUGCGAGAGCAUCCGCCUCUCGGCCGAGCUGGGGCUGCGGCGGCCGGCCUGGCUGCGGGGCCGCUACAUGCUGGUGCGCUACGAGGACGUGGCCCGCUCGCCGCUGCAGAAGGCCCGGGAGAUGUACCGCUUCGCCGGCAUCCGCCUCACGCCCCAGGUGGAGGAGUGGAUCGGGAAGAACACGCAGGCGCCCCAGGACAGCAGCGGCAUCUACUCCACGCAGAAGAACUCCUCGGAGCAGUUCGAGAAGUGGCGCUUCAGCAUCCCCUUCAAGCUGGCGCAGGUGGUGCAGAACGCCUGCGCCCCGGCCAUGCGCCUCUUCGGCUACAGGCUGGCCGGCAGCGCCGAGGCGCUCACGAACCGCUCGCUCAGUCUGCUGGAGGAGACGCCGCCCUCCUGGGUCACGUAGGCGCCCGCGCCCCGCCCCGCGGCCGACCCACCGAGCGAGCGACGGGCACGGGGGCCCCCGGCGGGUCCCCCCGAGGCGCCGGGUCCCCGCGGCACGCCCGGGCCGGCGGCCUCCGAAACGGGCUCCCCGGCUGGCCCGGGGCACCGCCG